GUUGACGAUUAUUGCUUUGCAUUUUAAAUUUUUUUAAAAUUUAGGGUUAUCAAUUUUUUGUUGUUGAAACUCUUGAAUAUAUCUAUUGCAUAAAAUAAUAUUUAAGAAAUAACGGUGGUACAGACUAAACUUGGCACUGUGUUUAUUAUGACAGAUUCACAUUUGACAGAAAGAGUUUCCCUUUCCUGCGGAUGGUAUAGAUGUCGACCGAGAUAGAUGCAAAGAUUUGCUACAAUCAAUUGGUUUUUGUUAUUUCAUUCUCUAUUUUCUAUUUUGCAAGGAAUGUUAGUGAAUGGAUUGGUUAGUGCGUCUAUCCCGCACCUUGAACGAGAGUUUGGUCUAACGAGCACAAGUACUGGUGUCAUCAGCGCAUCAAAUGACGUCAGCGGCUUAUUGUUUGUAUUGCUAGUAAGUUACUAUGGUGACAGAGGACACAAGCCAAAAUGGUUGGGAUAUGGAGCCAUAUUAACAGGUAUCGGCGCAUUCAUGUUUGCUGUUCCAAAAUUUCUAAAAGGAGACUACACUGCUGGAGCAUCGUCAAUCCUCUUUCAGAAUUUCGAAGUUUGUCAUGCAAAUUUAACAAACACAGGCUUAAACUUUAACUCGUGCGGUAAAGAAAGUUUUUCGAAGUUGUACCUGGUUAUUUUUUGUGUGGCUGAGAUGAUCAUGGGUCUAGGGACAACACCGUUAUUUACCCUUGGUGCGUCUUACCUGGACGAAAAUGUUUCCCCAAAAAAUAGUCCGAAUUAUAUCGGGGUUUGGUAUAUCAUGAUAUUUAUUGGGCCUUCAAGUGGAUUUUUCGUAGCUGGCAUAGCAUUAGAUCAUUUUGUUGACGUCGGAAAGACACCAAGUAACCUUAACUCGAACCAUCCUCUCUGGGUUGGACGAUGGUGGCUACCUUUCGUUUCUCUUUGUUGGAUACUCAACCUUGUUGGUAUUGUCAUGUUGAUGUUUCCAAGGUCUUUUUCUGGGUCAGAUAAAAUACGACAAAAUGCGAUGGCUAGGGGAGAAAUUCGAGAGAAGUCAGAAGAACAACAACCUGGUUUGAGAGGGUUCGUAAAAGCAACAUUGCAGUUGUUAAAAAACAAAACGUUAGUGUUGAUAUGCGUUGCUAUGUCAGCAAGGGUCUUAAUGGCAAUAGGAUUGGUUCCGUUUUUAACUAAAAUCACAUUCGUAAAAUUUGGAGCAAAGCAGUCUGAAUCAAAUUUUAUCAUUGGCGCUCUUAUUGUUUCUGGUACUACAGUUGGUUUGGCGGCAGGUUCGUGGAUGAUGCGACGUAUAAAAGUAAAUAGUUCAGUGAGAAUCGCAGCCAUGAUAUGUAGUGGACUGUCUUUCUUUGGUGUUCUGACUAGCUUUAACUUCAUGAUGCCUGGUUGUGAAAAUAUAAAAUUAGUUGGGGUGAAUGCUAAUAAUCAUUUCAGUUCAACAUUUAACAUGGAGAAUUCCUGCAAUCAUAACUGUGGCUGUUUGAAAGAUUAUUAUGAGCCAAUCUGCUAUAACGAUUUGACAUACUUUUCACCUUGUUUCGCUGGAUGCAUAAAUAAAACGAAAACUAUUUACCAAAACUGUUCAUGUUUAUCCUUGGUAAAUAACGCAAGCGAGCCAGCGCUCACUUCAAAGGGUAAAUGUAACUUAAAGUGCAAGAACUUGCUUCUUUUUAUCUGUAUUCUCUUCGUCAUCACAAUCUUCGCGUUUGCAAAUGGGACACCAAACAAUAUGAUGGUUUUAAGAUCUGUUCCAGAGAAUCGAAGAAGUUUUGCCAUGGGUUUACAGUUUCUUCUACUCCGUUCACUGGCUAUGCUUCCAGGACCAGUGUUGAUUGGGAAGAUUAUAGAUUCUACUUGCUUGGUAUGGAAAUAUGAUGAGUGCGGAAAGAAGUCUAACUGUGCGGAGUAUGAUGUGGAUAAUCUAUCAUUAUAUUUGUCUCUUGCAAUCUCCUCCGCCUCAGCUGUGUCCUUUAUUUUUUACGUCCUCGCGUGGAAAACAUACGAACAACCCAAAUCUGCUGUCUAUGGAGAAGAACUUGCUUUCACUAGCGACAUCAAUGAUAAUGGCAACGAAACGAAACUGUGACACUACCGCUACCAACUACGAUACCAAGUUAUUGAAGUUCUUGAUAAAA